AUGGAGUCGCUGAACGGUCUUCACCCCUCCUACGCCAACAACGCCGUGCCAUCUGCACCGUACGUCCGUCGAGCACCAAGCCCGCCAUUCAUUCACAUCCCACCGACAGGACAAUGUGGUGUCUCCGCUGCGCCCAUCCUCCUCCCAUCGUACGAACACGUCGAUUCGAGUCAGUUGACGGCACACGAUGUCAAGAUCAUCACACAAAACAUGCAGCAGAUCGCGACAGAUCGCGCCGCAGAUUGGUCCUACGAGCAGCGACGUGACGCCCAGAAGCUAGUGGACUUUUUGUACCUUGGUCCCAACAGCACCGCCAAAGAUAUCAAGCGGUUGCAGGAGGAGGGCAUCACUAUGAUUGCUGUAACGAGGGAUGCGCGCAUGGCGGGGGUCAAGCUCAUGGGUGUUGAGAAGGCUGCGAAAACACUCGACAUUGAGGUCCGAUACAUCGAUCUGGAAGGCAACGAUAAGCUGAUCAGUUCAUUUCCCGACAUUAUCCGGCUGAUCAAUGACCAUCUUCUAUCCGUGUAUCACAACCAAGCCAAGGGUCGAAACAAGAACGGCGAACUCCUCGUUGAUCCAAGCUCAUUCCGCCGCGGCAAAGUCCUGCUCACGUGCGAGACGGGCAACGACAGAUCAGCCGCCAUCGCCGCAGCCUACAUCAUGGCAGUCUUUGGAAAGGACAUGAUCACCGCGGUUCAGUUCAUCAGCAUACAGCGGUUUUGCUGCGCUUUCGACGAGGACACCAAGCGGAAGCUGCAGUGCUGGGAGGAUAUUCUACGGGCGCGCUCACAAGUCGCUAUGGAGCAGGCUGUACCCCCCAACACUGCACAUACGAAGCGACAUAUUGACGAUAUGAUGGAUACGAGUGAGGAUUCAAACGACAAGGGGGAGUUUAUGUUGGAUCAGGAUCGGUUCAAUGGUAGAGGAUCGUUUGCGCCGUUUGUGGAUAUUAACAACAACCGCUUCGCAAAGGUCACCAGUCUCAUCUUGCAUCUCAGCAACCAACAGGUCAAGGACUUUAUGGAGAUUUACCUCCGCGAAUAUUACAGUUGGCGGGUCUGGCAAGAGUGUAUUGAGAAGAUUCCCAACGCUCAGCUGCUUGAACAUGCUCUUGAGAAGAGACAGACUGUCGCAGAGCUUCUACGUGAACAUCGUCCUCCUCUCUACACUGACAAUAUUCCAGACCAAGACAAACAAAAAGGCGUCGAGUUCCUGCAGGGACUGAAGAUCUCUGGUGUAGUUGAGGAGUUUUUGGCGUAUACAGAGAAUGGGCCGCUUGACUUUCUUCGACUGGAUAUCGAGUGGGAGUUCCUCCAGGAUGCUAUUGACAAACAACAGAUGCUGGGUUCAUUAGAGCUUGGCUGGCUUGACCCUGAGAAAGUCGACCUACUCAUGGCUCAGAUUUCCGCUCCUGAACCAUCUACUGGCCCAUUCCGGUAUCCUGAGCUGGGAGAUCCCUUCCUGGGCACUAUUAAGAGAAGACUUACACCUCCACCGGCUGAUGCCUCAGAUGAAGACGUAGUGAUGAAAGAUGACGGCUACGAUUCAGAUGCGACACAUGAUGCAACUGAAGACAAUGAUGAAGACGGUGAGCCACGCGACAAAGGAAAACAGCCCGCAGGUCCUGAGCAAGAAGCCGAGCAAGCUGCCAACGAUGCUCGUCUCGCCCCCCUGACGUCCCUCAUCCCAGGACCGAAGGGUGAGGUGCCUCUUCCGUAUCAGCGAAACAUCUUACAAAUGGUCUCUCAGAGAUAUUACCACCAAGCCUACACUCAUUUGAAAGGACAAGCAGUGUCGACUCUCGUAGAGGAAGAGAGAGAACCGCACCCGCCAGCCUCGGCGUAUUGUCCUACAGGGUUUCACUACCUAGCAAAACAAAAGCAGAUCUGUGGGCUUGUUGGGCCUGAAGAGGGAAGGAGAUCGAUGCAACGAAGUGGUGUUGGGCAUGGGGAGGGAUCUGCGACACAGGAGGCGAGAGGGAGUGCUUCACUGGCUGCUGGAAGGGUGCCUGGUGCGCCUCGACUCUCUCGACGGGGUUUGGAGAGUCGGACAGUUUUGACAUCUCAUUUUGAGGAUGCGUUUCUGACUGACCCAAGAUACGACUACGUCAUGAACCAGCGCCAGAAGCCAGUGUAUUUGGAAGAGGUCCCAGAUGAUGAUAUGGAACAAGAACAGUAUCCGUCCUUUACUUCCGCCCCUGACGAAGGACCUUUGGCAUUCAUUCAAGCAAGUGGUUCGACACUCCAACCCAAUCAACACUCUGCCCCCACCAUUUUAGGCCACACAGCUCCUAUCAACAAAUCCACGCCAUCUGAGCAACUUCGCCAGAUGCUCGACGCCAACUGGUCCGGCUUUCUCAAAAAGAAGGGAAGCAAAUCAACAGCAAAGUCAGUUACCAGACAGACCAGAGUAUCCCAAGACAUCGAGAGCGAAGUGGAAGCUGAUCCCAUGACCAUGCCGAUUGAUGUUCCGGAGCCAGAGAAAGAUGGUGAUUACAACCCGAAGAAGAAAAUGCCAAAGAAGUCUGCACGAGGAAGACCAAGGAAGGCUAGUCUCAAGAAGAGGGAGAGUGAGGGGGGGAUCUAG